AUGCAGCUUUCUUCGUUGUUUCCCACUCUUCUGCUAGCGGCUUGCGCAAAGGCAAUCCCCACGGAUGACAACAUUGCCAAGACCCCGGCUAAUGGGCAAUCCAAUGCCGGGCCUGUUAAUGUCUCCGCAGACGAGUUAUUGGCCGAUGCCGGGAUGGAUAGCAACCCGGGCUGCAGCCCGUGGUACAAUUGGUACGGUACCGGCAGGUGGACAUACACCGAAGUUCAAUUCUGCUUCUACCAGCGUUCCACCUCGACCGUCGCCGUUGUAGCCCAACGAGAGGCUCAAUACUACUGGGGUGCUGCCUGGUAUUAUGCGAGAGGUCACGAGUUUUCAUGGAACAUCAAGGGAACUAUCGUCAAUGGUGGGGAUUUCGAAGGGUCCGGCAAGGGACCUGGACCUACUGAGUACUACGUCUUUCCUGAGAAGGUGCCCGCUGGCACUUACGCAGUCUCUCUUAAUUAUAACCAAGUUGGCCCUUAUUGGGAGAAUGACGCUGCCAUCGAUGAAAGCGCCCAGUUCAGUAUUGUGCUUGGAUCCUAA